AUGUUUCCGCUUGGUUUUGUAUCCUCAGACAAACAUCCUGGCUACCUCAACCGCAGCAACAACCCGCCAGACAGCAUGGCGCAACCAACACCCGCCCAGCCAGCCGCCAUGCAAGCGCAUCUCGCAGCGCAAACUGACCUAGCACUCCCCACACCAGUAACGGCCGCCUCGCCAAUCCCACAGCCCAUCUUCACUACUCCACGGCUAAUCGUCAGACCGCUCCACCCCCAGGAUGCACCGUCCAUGUCGCAGCACGCCAACAACCCCAAGGUCACGAAAUAUAUGUCCCUUGCCUUCCCCUCGCCCUACACGCUAGACACGGCGAACGAGUGGAUAGCCAUGAACCAGUCUGCGCCCAUCCACAACUGGGGCAUCUGUCUCGCCUCAGCCCCCAACGCGGCCAUUGGCGGCGUAGGUAUGAAGCCCGGCGCCGACGUGCAGGAUCACGCAGCCGAAGCCGGGUUCUGGAUCGGCGAGGCGUUCUGGGGUCAGGGGUUGACGACAGAGGUGCUGGCCGGCUUGACCGAGUGGUGCUUCACUGCUGAAGAGGCCAAGCUGGCAACGGGAGGCAAGCGGUGGACCAGGUUGUUUGGAACUGUGUUUGCUGGUAAUGUGGGCAGUAUGCGGUGCUUUGAGAAGUGUGGGUAUCUGGAAGAAGGCGUGCUGAGGGGAGGUGUGGAGAAGAAUGGAGUCGCGAGUGAUUUGCAUGUGUUUGGGUUGGUGAAGGGAGACUGGGAGGCGAAACGUGGAUGGAGAGAAGCUUGA